AUGGCCCCAAGCACGCAGCUUAAGGAGGCAGUAACCGAUGUGAAGGAGGGCGUGCGGGCCAUCCUGCUCGGUCCACCCGGAGCGGGGAAAGGCACUCAGGCCCCUCGUCUGGCGGAGCAGUACUGUGUGUGUCACUUGGCCACAGGAGACAUGCUGCGGGCCAUGGUGGCUUCAGGCUCCGAGCUCGGAAAGAGACUCAAGGAGACCAUGGACGCCGGGAAACUGGUGAGCGACGCGAUGGUGGUGGAGCUCAUCGAGAAGAACUUGGACACUCCUCCCUGCCGCAAAGGAUUCCUAUUGGACGGAUUUCCCCGAACAGUGAAACAGGCGGAAAUGCUGGACAGUCUUCUGGACAAGAGGCAGGAGAAGCUGGACUCAGUGGUGGAGUUUGCGGUCAACGAUUCUCUGUUGGUUCGCAGGAUCUGUGGAAGGCUGAUCCAUCAACCCAGCGGCCGCUCCUACCAUGAGGAGUUCAACCCGCCCAAAGAGCCCAUGAAGGAUGACGUGACCGGGGAGCCUCUGAUUCGUCGCAGCGAUGACAACGAGACGACGCUGCGCUCUCGUCUGGACGCGUACCACAGACAGACGGUUCCUCUGGUGGAGUAUUACCGAGCGAGGGGCAUUCACACCGCUGUGGACGCCGCGCAGAAGCCCAGCGUGGUGUUCGCCGCCAUUGUUGCCGCCUUCACCGCCGCCUCGGACUCUCGCGCCGCUGCCUCAAAUUGA